AGUAGCAACCGCUGCUCACGUGACUGAGUCAAAGCUGAACAUCACAUGAUCUUCACCAUCUCCAGGCUGGAUAAACUACCGUCAACAUGGCGUUCAUCACGGCCAACUGGAACCCGCUGGGAGAAGCUUUCUACCGUAAAACGGAGCUGUAUGAGAUGUGUUGGAACUUGAAGGAUGGACUGAGAGACUCUCUGGUGGCUGCAGCUCCAUACGGAGGACCAAUAGCUCUCCUCAGAGAGCCUCUCCGUCGGUCUCCGAGCUCUCGUCCUCAGUUAGAGAUUUAUUCUGCGUCUGGAGUCUCCAUCGCCAGCUUCCCCUGGAAGAGUGGUCCUGUGGUCCAGCUGGGUUGGACAGUCAGCGAUGAGCUGUUGUGUAUCCAGGAAGACGGAUCGGUCCUGAUCUACGAUCUGUUCGGGUCCUUCAAGAGACACUUCAGCAUGGGACAGGAAGUGAUGCAUAGUCAGGUGUUGGAAGCCAAGGUGUUCCACUCUCCUUAUGGAACAGGCGUCGCCAUAGUAACAGCCUCCUCACGCUUCACCUUGGCAACCAACAUAGAUGACCUGAAACUCCGGAGGUUACCUGAAGUCCCAGGUCUGCAGGGGAAGCCUACCAGCUGGGUCGUCCUCUCUCAGGACCGACAGACUAAAGUCCUGAUGUCCAACGGACCUGAACUCUACAUCCUGGACAACACGUCCUGCACUGCUGUGGUCCCCCCAGGUCUGAGUCCCCAGGCCGGCAGUAUCGCCCACAUGUCUGUCUCUUUCAGCUAUAAGUACCUGGCUCUCUUCACGGACACGGGACACAUGUGGACAGGCCUCUCCCACCUGCAGGAAAAACUGAGUGAAGUAGACACCAAGAAGACAACGCCUCCGAAACAAAUGGUCUGGUGUCGGAGGCCUAGGAGCCAGCAGCCCUCUGUGGUGUUGAUGUGGGACAGACUGCUGAUGGUGGUCGGCGCCUCUCAGGACACCAUCCAAUUCAAACAGUUGACCCCUCAGGUUCUCAUCGACAGGUUGGUGUAUCGGCAGUUCUAUCCGUUAGCGAUAGAGGUGUGUCGGUACCUGAAGAUCCCAGACUAUCAGGGAGUCAGCAGAGUCCUCAAACACUGGGCUUCCUGCAAGGUGCAGCAGAAGGACCUAUCAGACGAGGCCAUUGCCCGAGCAGUGUGUGUGAAGGUGGGAGACUCGCCUGGUGUUUCCUACUCGGACAUCGCCGCUAAAGCUUACGAAUGUGGACGCACCGAGCUCGCCAUCAAGCUGUUGGACUCUGAGGCUCGGUCCGGUGAGCAGGUCCCUCUGCUGCUGAAGAUGAAGAGGAGUCAGCUGGCGCUCAGCAAAGCUGUGGAGAGUGGAGACACAGACCUGGUGUACACCGUGGUGACGUAUCUGAAGAACGAGAUGAACAGAGGAGAUUUCUUCAUGACUCUGAGGAACCAGCCAGUCGCUCUCAGCCUCUACAGACAGUUCUGUAAGCUGCAGGAACAGGAAACUCUGAAGGAUCUUUAUAACCAGGACGACGAUCACCAGGAGCUGGCCAAUUACUACGUUACCGCUAGUUACAGGGAGAAGAGGUUAGAUAGCCGUCUGUCUCUCCUGCAGUCUGCUGUGGAUGAAUACAACAAGGCCAAGAACGAGUUCUCUGCAAAGGCUACGGAGGAAGAGAUGCGUCUCCUACGUAUCCAACGCAAACUGGACGAAAGAAAAGGGGCGGGGCUUCUGGGACUGUCUCUGCAGGCGACCAUGGAGGCUCUGCUGGCGUUGGGACUCCACAAACAGGCGGAGCAGCUUUACCGAGACUUCAGGGUUCCUGACAAGAGGUUUUGGUGGCUGAAGCUGAAGUCUCUGGCGGAGAAAGAGGAGUGGGAGGAGUUAGAGAAGUUCUCUAGGAGCAAGAAGUCUCCCAUUGGCUACCUGGCGUUUGUCGAGAUCUGCAUGAAGAGCAACAACAAGCACGAAGCCAAGAAGUACGUUUCCAAGGUUACGCCGGAGCAGAGGGUCAAAGCCCACCUGGCCGUCGGAGACCUGGAGGGCGCCGCGGACGCCGCCAUCGAGCGUAAGAGCGACUCCGAGCUCGCCGCGGUCCUCGCCAGAUGCCCCGCCUCCGACCGCCAGCUGCUCGACCGGCUGAACCGCGCCGCCGCCACGGCUGCCAAAAAGUGAUCCCAUCCACAGAAACCGCAGAAGGUCCUCUGCCAAAAAGUGAUCCCAUCCACAGAAACAGCAGAAGGUCCUCUGCCAAAAAGUGAUCCCAUCCACAGAAACAGCAGAAGGUCCUCUGCCAAAAAGUGAUCCCAUCCACAGAAACAGCAGAAGGUCCUCUGCCAAAAAGUGAUCCCACACACAGAAACAGCAGAAGGUCCUCUGCCAAAAAGUGAUCCCAUCCACAGAAACAGCAGAAGGUCCUCUGCCAGAAAGUGAUCCUUGGCCGAUGUAUAUAGUAAAGAGAUAUUAAUUGUUACUUUAAACAUGUUUUCUUCUUCAGUGGUUUCUCCCCCCCCCCCCGUGUGUAUCAGAACUGUAAACACUUCCUGUUGUUGUUGC